UCUUCUUCACGCCAAUCACCACUCUCUCUCUCUCUCUCUACCCAUCGUUCAACGUUCUUUAACGAUCUGAAGCAGAGUAAAACAACAAAGAACAAAAAUGAAACUCAUACUCUCUCUCCUCUUUCUCUCUCUAAGAUUCCCCUCCUUCUUCCACCCCGCCGAGGCCAGAGGCGGCGAACGGACGUCCAGCAUCUCAGGUUUCAUGGUUGAUAAUAAUGCAAUUCGAGGGAGGCACUUGUUUCAGGAAAACCACUUUCAGAAACUAGAUAAUUUAGCUCAUGGGUAUAUGACUAAUUCUGAUCUCGAGAAUGCCAUCAAGGCAUUUGGUAAUAGAUGUCCUAGCAUAUCCAGGAUAUACAGUAUUGGAAAGAGUGUCAAAGGAGUUCCAUUGUGGGUGAUGGAAAUUUCCGACAAUCCUGGCAAGGAAGAGGCUGAACCUGCUUUCAAGUUUAUUGGAAAUGUGCAUGGGGAUGAACCUGUAGGUCGCGAGCUUCUGUUGCUUCUAGCUAACUGGUUAUGCGAUAAUUAUAUGAAGGAUCCCUUGGCAACACUGAUAGUUAAUAACGUUCACCUACAUAUACUUCCAUCAAUGAAUCCUGAUGGGUUUUUGUUGAGGCAGCGUGGUAAUGCAAACAACAUUGAUCUAAACCGUGAUUUUCCUGACCAGUUCUUUUCUAUCAAUGAUGAUGUGGGUGCACGACAACCAGAGACAAAAGCAAUUAUGAGUUGGUUGAAAGAGAUACAAUUCACAGCUUCCGCCAGUCUACAUGGGGGAGCACUUGUUGCUAAUUAUCCAUGGGAUGGAACUCAGGAUAGAAGGAAAUAUUAUUACGCCUGUCCUGAUGACAAAACAUUCAAGUUCUUGGCAAGUGUAUACAGUCGCUCUCACCAUAACAUGUCUCUAAGUGAGGAAUUUCAAGGAGGAAUUACGAAUGGAGCUUCUUGGUACCCUAUAUAUGGUGGCAUGCAAGAUUGGAAUUAUAUACAUGGUGGCUGCUUUGAAUUGACUUUGGAGAUCAGUGAUAACAAAUGGCCUACUGCCAAUGAGCUUCCUACUCUCUGGGAACUCAAUAAAAUGAGCAUGCUAAAUCUUGUUGCAGUUCUUGUGAAGACAGGAGUACAUGGACGAAUCUUUUCAUCAGACUGUGGAAGACCAUUGCCUGCCUCUAUUGCAGUCAAGAGAAUAAAUUACACAAUUAAAGCUACUGAAGCAUUUGCUGAUUACCAUCGGUUGCUUGCACCAGGAGAGAGAUAUGACGUGGUGGCAAAAAUGCCUGGUUACAAGUCAAAAAGCACGUCUAUCUUGUUGGCAGAAGAAGCCAUGACUGUAGAUUUUAUCCUCGACCCGGUGAUCACUCCCAUGGGAAGUCUACUGGGAAGCGGAUGCGACUUCAGCUGGGACAAUAAAAGCAGGCUCCAACUGGUAGAAUAUUUUCCACGGCUCCACUUGGAAAUCUCACUUACUUUAGUAGUUGUGAUUUUAGUGUUUCUUUGCUUUUUAUUGAGGAGGAGAGCAAUACUUAAUUAUUUGAAACAUAGGGAGUCAGUAGGGCCAAUACGGUCUAAUGUUGCGGUUUGACUUGUUCUGUAUGAACACCUUACGAAGGACAAUUACAAAAAUUUUACACAAAGAGUACACAUCAUUUCGUCUCCA